AUUUAAAUUUUUUAAAUAUGGACCUACUGAUCGAGUGUAUUUCAAUAUUUGGAACAAUUCUGCUUUUUUCGGUUGAAGAUUGUUUUAGCGCGAGAUACCAUCAGCUUUACUAUACAUAUCGUAACAAUGAUGAAAGUUCUGAUAGCUGGAUCGCUGGAGCUGUAGUUGGUGGAAUAUUUGGAUUCAUUGUGUUAAUUACUAUUACCUACAUAUGCUGCCAGGCUAAUGGCUGCUGCAAAACGGUUAAACCGCAGCAUCGCCAAAGAGCCAUAGUACCUGUCGCUCACGCAUACGCCACUACCAUAAAUGUUCAGUCUAGACCUGGAAGUGAAAUCUCCAGAAAUCAAAUUCGUCUCAACACAGAGGAUCUUGUCAUAAACAACAGUGCAGAAUUCUUCAGAAAUAAUGCACCUUUGGAUUCAUCGACUAAUAGACACCAUCGACCUAUAAACGAACCACCCCCAACACUACCGGGUUAUCGACCGCAGAUAACAGUAGUCCGGGAACUUUCCGAGGACCGCCUUUUAUCGCCACCUCCUCCAUAUACAGAAUUGGACAUAACAAACGCACAGAGGACUUUAAGCUCCUAACUGAGCAGUGUCAAAAAUCAUACCUGGUGUAUUUUCAUGGUGCUCGAUUCGAUAUCUUUAUUUUAUCGAAUUUAUCCUUAUAAUAUGAUUUAAUGUUGAACCUUUUACUAUGUUUAUUAUAUUCUCAUGUACACUGUAUAUAGAUUUGCUUCUUCUCGUUGAACGAGACUGUCGUGAGAUAUUUUGAUUAUGUACUGUUAAAUCACCUUGUUAUUUGUGAUAAUCUUGGGAUUUUUCUACAGAAUAAAGAAAUACAAGGAAACAA